AUCCUAAAUGAAAACACUUAUUUGUAAUUGAAAAAAAAAAAAAAAAACUAAAGCCCAUCUCCAACACCUCUAUAAUAACCUCACCCAACAAUCACCCACAUCGCAAAAUUAGGGUUUCUUUUCUCUCCCAAAUUCCGAUCAUGUCGUCAUCAAAAACCAUCGUGUUAAGAAGCUCCGACGGUGAAACUUUCGAGGUUGACGAGAUUGUUGCGGUGGAGUCUCAGACGAUCAAGCACAUGAUCGAAGACGGUUGUGCUGACACCAGCAUCCCUCUGCCCAACGUCACCAGUAAGAUCCUCUCAAAGGUUAUCGAAUACUGUAAGAAACAUGUGGAGACACCGAAUAGCGACGAGAAGGUCGCUGAAGAGGAUCUUAAAUCCUUUGAUUCUGACUUUGUGAAAGUCGAUCAGGGUACUCUGUUUGAUCUUAUUCUGGCUGCGAACUAUCUGAACAUCAAGGGGCUACUUGAUCUGACCUGCCAGACGGUUGCUGACAUGAUCAAAGGAAAGACUCCUGAAGAGAUCCGUAAGACGUUCAACAUCAAGAACGAUUUCACUCCUGAAGAAGAGGAGGAGGUGCGCAGGGAGAAUGCGUGGGCUUUUGAGUAAAUUACCUGUUGUUUUAUCUGUCUUGUCUGUUUAUACUGCAGUAGUGUUUUGUGGGUGUCACAUGCUUAUAUUUUUAAAACUAUGAACAUCCUUUAUGUGUUUGGUUACAUUUUCUUGCUUUCUUAUUGGGUAUGCAUCUUGUUCUUUGA